UUUUAAAUUGCAUUGAAAUUGCACGCAAACAUUACAACGUAAAAAGCUAGUUUACGGAAGUAAAGGAAAGCUAUUGAAAAGAGUUUCAUGUAUAAAAGGUUAAUGAACAGGAAUAAGAAUUGCAGUGAAAAAAGUGUGUCAGCAUAGAAAGCGAACUUAAUUUGUAUCUGAAAGUCAUUUGAUUCUUGAAAAUCUAUUUUUUACGGAGGCGAAACAUUACAAAGUGUCUUCGUCAAACGAACAAAUGUAAGAAGACACAUUAAAAGAAGAACAAGUCGUGAUAUUUUUGUUAUCUUUCAAAGCAUAACAGUUUAAGUUAUUAAUAGCUGCAAGAAAAACACAAAAAGCAGUGCGAAAGUCGAUUGAAAUAAAAUUUUGUUGCAAAUGAAUAUUUGUAAGUGAAACUUCUGCAUAGAAACUUUUAAUAUUAACAGAUGGCACCGCCAAGACAACAAGUUCAGGUUGCUGACAAAGGAUAUGGAGAACACUUCAGAUAUGAUCCAAAGUUUCGAGGCCCAUUAUCUCAAAGAUCGUGUACUGAUGUCAUCUGUUUGUUGUUUUUCUUUGUGUUUCUUAUUGCGUUCGGUUUCGCCGGAUACUAUGCUCAACGUGAAGGUGACUUAAAUCGCUUAUUAGUACCUCGUGAUUCAGAAGGCAAACAAUGCGGAGAAGAUAGUGAAGUGUUAGACAAGAAGUUUCUUCUAUUCUUUGAUCUUGCCAAAUGUGCUGAUCCACUUGUACCACUCAACGGUUGUCCAACAACGCAAACUUGUGUUAAACAAUGUCCAACAACAAACUUUGUUCAUUCGAAGCAAGCAUGCCAACAAAACUUUCAGACUUACAAAGAAAAGUUAAUUUGCACGAGAAAUGUUGCAAUGAAAGACAUUAGAAAUUGUGAUGAUGUUGAAAAGUGGAUUGAAAAAGAACAAUGCGCAAAAUGGUACUUGAAAUCUGAACCAUUUUUCAACUUGUGUCUCUCGGAACUUCUACCAUUAAACUAUGAAUGCAGUGCAAAAAUGUUCAACGAGAAUCGUGGUCGAUACCAACGCGACAUGUUUAAUUUAGAUUUGUCAAAAUCUUCUGACAUGAAAUGCGAACGAGUUGAUCCAGCAAAGAAACGAAUGUUGAAGGAGAAAUUUGAGAUUGCGGAAUCAUUUUUGGGAAGAUUUAUUGGCAAUAUUUUGAAGCAUUUCCAUUUCUCCGAAGAAAAAGAUGUUUUAGGGAAAAAAUUGCGUGGGUUGGGCAAUCGAUGUUUCCCAAUGGAGGUCGACGGCAUUGUGGAUGUUAUUGAGAAGUCAGAGCUUGUUCAAGCACUUUACAAUAUUCGAUUACUUCGAUCAAUUGAUGGGAUGGGGCAAUCGAUAGUUGAAGAUACUGUCAAUACGUGGCCUGUGUUAGCAGUUGGAUUCGUCAUUUCUGCUUUCUGCUCGUUGAUAAUUAUUGCAAUAAUGAGAUGGGUUGCUGGACCAAUAGUUUGGUUAUCAAUAGUUGGUGUCAUCGCAUUGUUGAGUGUUGGUGAGUAA